CUCCCUACUUGCCCCCAAUUCACAAGGUUGAGAUAUCUCUUUCCACCGCAGCAGCCAUGGCUGAGGGCGAGACGCCCCCCUCCUCCUCCGCCGCCGCCGCGGCCCCCGUCCUCGCCGCGCUCGCCUCGCUCCAGACCUACUCCUCCGCGCUCUCCGCAUUCACCUCCGCAUGGCGGGCUCUCUACUCCGACGCCACCGCGCUCGACUCAACCCUCGCGUCCCGCCUCGAGGGCUUCUCCGAGCUCGACCUGCUGUGCUCCGCCAUGGACGGGCCAGGCCUCCGCGCGUACCUCACCGAGCACAGGGACGCGCUGCAGGACUCGUCCCUGCCGGCCCUCGACGCCGCCCUCCUGGUGGCCCCCGACCCGGGGCGCCUGGUGCUCUCCGCGGCGGCGGGCUUCUGCCGCGCGCCGCCUACGGAAGGUGCGGCCAAGGUGGCGUGCCGCCUGCUCGUCGACCUGCUCGACCGGCUGCGCGCGCUCGGCGUGAAGCCCUCGCCGGAGGCGCGCGACGAGGCCAGGGCUAUCGCGGCCGACUGGAAGCGGAGCAAGCGGAUCGGGCCGCAGGCCGUGCUUAAGAAGGAGACGAUCGCCUUCCUGCUCCUCGUGGGGGCGUUUGGGUUGGUGGAUGAUGUCGGCGACGCGAGCGAGGUGCUCGAUCUGGUCGUGUCGGUGUCUGGCCGGGAGCGCGCCGUUGAGGCUUUCGUCGGCCUUGGGCUCGAUCUUGAGAAGCACAUGCCAGUUUUCAUUCAUACAAUGAUAAAGAAAGGCAAACAGCUGGAGGCGGUUAAAUUCAUUCAAGCUCUUAAUUUGGUGGAAAAAUAUCCUUUAUUGCCUGUUCUGAGGUCGUACAUCAGUGAUGCUGCAAAAGCUGGGAACAUGAUCCGCAUCAGAGGAGAUGAUUCUGCUUGUCAGACUGAAGCCGAUGCAAAAGAGCGCAUGCUGCUCGGAGUAUUGCAGAAGUUCAUCAAAGACCAGAAGCUAGAAGAACUACCUAUUUUGGAAAUAGUUAAACAGCGGCUGGCACAUUUGGAGAAGAAAAGUGUGGAGAGAAAGCGAGCAGCUAGUGCUGCUAUUGAAGCAGCUCAUGAAGUAAGUAAGAAGAUUCAGAAGCAAGAGAAGCAACAGCAGCAGGUGCAGUCAGCUAUGCGAUCACGGGUUCCAGGUAAAGCAGCACAAAAUUCCUUAAGCCAAAACAUCCAUUCGGUUGAUUCCCUCAGUCGACCGCUCAUGUCGAGCCAGAGCAUGGGUAUCUCAGGAGUAUUAAAUUUGUACCAAGCUGCUUCAAGCCAGAAUAUAAUUCCGGCUAUUAGUCCGAGCCCACUGAGCCAACAUCCCGUUGGCAUCAAGAAUCAGACCCUGAAUACACCGCCUGUUCAGACUCGGUAUGGUGGCUUGGCUGACUACUAUGGACUGUCCUCCGGCAGACCUAGGCCCGACUCUGUAUCUCCUGGAUCAAGUGUUACGAGUGCACACACAUCUUCCAGAUCAAAGCUCUAUUCUGCAGAUCCCCUGGCUGCUGUCUCCCGAGCAUCAGAUAAGAAGGGUUCGUCUUACAACUAUUCGUUGUCAAGUAUGUCGACAUAUAAUCCUAAUCCAUAAAUAACCUCGAUAUGGUUCUUAUGCCCCCUCCCUCUGGGGGACUAACAUGUAAAUUUUAGUUUGAGGCCAAGCAGAGGCUGCUGAUCCUGUGUAAAUUCCAAAUAUUCAUAUAGAUUAAUAUAAAUGCUUGGCUAUAUCAUCCGUGGACUGUUAAUUCUUGUGACAUUUGGAUUGGUCUAAUGAUAUUUUGCUGGUUUUUACGUUUC